UAACACGCACAUGUUCAAGACAUUAUGUAUUAUUUUUCCCGCCAGCUUUCUUCUCAUCUAACUUUACUAACAGCUGUUUAUCAUUACUAACAUUUAUUUAGCAUCACUUAUAUUACUAACAUUAUUUAGCAUCACAAAGUUUUAAAAUAUCAAAGAUGGUAUUUGCAAGUUUAUCUCAGAAUAAAAUUACGCUGGCAAAGCAUACCAUUAGUGAUUACACUCGGAAAUAUGCUUACGAGUCUCGUAAACAAUUUACAAAAGUUAUCGAAGAAUACUCAAUCAAAACAAAUCAGUUUUUAAUUGAUGAAAGCAUUGAUGUUUUUUCUUUGAACAGUAUUCCUCCAAAAAAUCAAUUAAUCAAAUGGUCUAAUGAACUAUUACUACGCAAAAAAAUUGCAUUUGGCUUCCAUUUUGUAGAAUGUAAGUUAGGAAUUUUUACCUAUGAAAGUAUACAACAUAUGAUUACCCUUCAUAGAACUCAAGAAAUCAAAUUAGCUGUUGAACAAGAAAUAAUAUGGUUAAAUUCUUCAAAGUUGUUACCAAAAUCUAUUAAUACUUAUCCUCCCGAAUAUUUAACUGAUAAAUUUAAAGAUGUACUAUUCGGUAAACCAGCAAAUAGAGAAAUUUCAGAUUAUGGUAUGACACUAAAUACGUUAGCUGAACUCUGUUGUUCCAGAUGGCUAUCAUCUGAUCAUAUGCUUCUAAUUUGCAACAUUUUAAACUCUUUUCAAAAUGAUUCCUUAGUAAUUUACUUUAAUUUUGUUGGAAAUAUUGAACAUUUUAUUUCAUGCAUAACUACUGUACCUGAAAAAUUAAUCUUUAUUGUUAAUAUUGGCAAAAACAAUGAGAAAACCUUUACUGGCACAAGUAUCAAUCCAGGUUGUCAUUGGUCAUUUGCAGCCUAUAAUAAUACAGAGUGUAAUUUUUACUACGGAGAUUCAUUAGGUUGGAUAGCUCCAGAAGAUUUUUUGUUAAAAGUGGAUCUAUUAAUUAAAAAGUUAUAUCACAAUAAUAAAACUUUCAAUAUGAUAUAUUGCCAUGAUCCAAUUACUCAUAAGUAUGGAGGUAAGCUGUGCAGUUCUUUGUGCAAAAGAAACUAUCCUUUACAAACAUGUGGAGAUAUAUGUGGGCUCAUAACAGUUGUAUUAUGUGCAAUUGCUUGUUUAAGAUAUGAUUACUUCAAGCAUAUUAUAUGUAAUGAUGAUCAACUGAAUAACAACUACAUAUUUCUUAAGGAGCCAACAAAAUAUUCAAAGUAUUUACGCUUGGUUUUGAUGGCGUGGUUUAUUUGCAAAGAAGUAGUUAUAGAAUAUGUUGUCCCAAAAUCAAUUUCUCUUUGUUUAUCGGAUUCAGAUUAUGAUGAAAAUUUUAUUUGCACAAAUCUUGCAGAAUCUAAGUGUGAAAAAAAAAGUUCAGGGAGUAAUAAAGAAAAAAAUAUUAAUUCUUUUGAGUGUUGUUUUUGCAAAUCUUUCUUUACCAAAAAAUGCAAUUUGCAGCGUCAUAUCAAAAACAUCCACAAGUCAAGUGAAGAUGCUCAAGCAAGUAUAAGGACAGGAAAUAGUUUUUGUUUAGAGUGUAGGUUUCAAAGCCAGAGAAUUACUGAUUUAAGAAAACAUUUAUCUUUAUCUCAUUGUUUUACAUUCCAAAAAGAAUUACUUUCAUUUUCUAAUUUAAUAGAUUUUGAAAAAUGGAAGUCUAAUAUUGAACUUAGUUGUUUAAGUCAAUAUAUUGUAACCUCUGGCGGAAAGGUCUGUAAAGAUGGUAAGAUAAUUACAUACUACCAAUGUAACCGAAGUGGUUUAUAUAAUUGUUUGUCAUCAGGCAAAAGAAGGAUACAAAGUAGCGGAACUCGAAAAAUAGACAAGAAUUGCGCAUCGACACUAAAAGUGACAUGCUCCGAUACACAAGUUGUGGUUAAUGCUUGUUAUUCUCAUUACGGCCAUCAAACCGAGAUUCAACAUCUUUCUUUAACAAAAUGUCAAAAGAGAGAAAUCGCGGCAAAGCUGCAAAUGGGCAUAACAAAAGAUUACAUCUUAGAUGAAAUAAGAGAUGAAUUAGUCGGUUGCUCGUCCAGAUUAUGUAUAAUUCAGAAAAAAGAUUUUGUCAACCGUGAAAAGGCAUUUAACAUCAAUUCAGUUCAGCGCCAUCCAAACGACCAAGAUAGUGUUGCUGCUUGGUUAAAAGAGUGGCAAAUGAAGGAAAACAAUCCUAUAUUACAUUAUAAAUUACAAGGAUAACCUGAUACAUCCCAUCAGUUUGAAGUCUCAGAUUUUAUUAUAAUCAUACAAACUGAACACCAAAAAAAUAUGUUCCAACAAUUUGGACGUGCAGGGGUUUGUAUUGAUUCUACUCACGGUACAAAUGGUUAUGACUUUCUUUUAACAACAUUAUUAGUGGUUGAUGAAUUAGGCGAGGGUCUACCUGCUGGUUGGUGUUUAGCCACUAGUGAUUCUUUUAAUUUUAUGAUGCAUUUUGUAAUGUUUAUACAUGUGCUUCUCUUAAAUUAUGGUGUACAUGGCAUGUGGAUGGAGCAUGGAGAGAUGAAAUUCAUAAAAAAAUAAAAAAUACUGAAAUGGAAGUAGAUGUUUACAAAAGACUUAGAUUUAUUUACAAUUAAGCGAUCGUAAACUUUUAGAUGAUUAUUUAAACUCAUUCAUGCUUUACUUGCAAUCUUUCACUUUAACUAAAUCAUUUGCUAAAUAUUUUCAAAAAUAUUGGGAAAGCAAGAAGCAUUUUUGGGCAUCAUGUUACAGAAUUGGGCAUGAAAUUAAAACUAAUAUGUAUCUCGAAUCAUUUCAUAAGACCUUUAAGUAUAAUUAUCUUAAUGGAAAACACAAUAAAAGAAUAGAUAACUGCUUGUUUAAAUUAUUAAAAUUCAAUAGAGAUAAAGUGUAUGAAAGGUUAAUAAAAUUAACCAAAGGCAAAAAUAGCUACAAAUUAAAUCUGAUAUAUUCUAGGCAUGUAGCUAGUUUACAUUUAUCUUUAAGUUGUGUUGUUGAGGAAAAAGGAAAAUGGUUUGUACAGUCUGAAAACAAUAAUGACCAAUAUGAAGUUAUAAAACAUCAUGAUAUAUGUAAUAUAAUUGGUUGUCUUACAAAGUGCACUAAAUGCCAAGUCUGUUCCCAUUUAUACCACUGUAGCUGUAUGGAUUUUCUAACAAAAAAUAUACCAUGCAAACAUAUUCAUUUAAUUCAUCGUCUAGGAAGUGAAAGU